UGUCGCGUGAUCAGCUGACCGAGCAGCUCGGUUUGUCAGUGGCACGAGCUGCUAAAAACAAGCCGACAAGCAGGAUAGUUUGUGUUUUUAUUUGCCCCGGAGGGAAACAUUGGUCGAUAAGCCUUCCACAAGAAGGACAUGUUCCAGUAGGACUCAUUGUUUCUGACACAUCAGAAUAAUGUCGGGGAACAGCCUGGUUCUACCCAUAGUGCUGUGGGGCCGCAUGGCUCCCACCCACUGCAUCAGCAGCCUGCUGGUGAUGGACGACUUCAGCACCAUCAUCACCGGCUGCCAUGACGGCCAGAUCUGCCUCUGGGACAUGACACCUGAGCUGGAGAUUUGUCCCCGGGCCAUGUUGUUUGGUCAUACAGCCUCCAUCACCUGCCUGUCAAAAGCAAGCACGUGCACUGACAAACAGUACAUUGUCAGUGCAUCAGAGAGUGGAGAGAUGUGUCUGUGGGAUGUGAAUGAUGGACGCUGUAUUGAGUUCACCAAGCUGGCCUGCGCUCACACUGGCAUACAGUUCUAUCAGUUCACCAUCGGCACACAGAGGGAGGGACGUCUGCUUUGUAAUGGCCACUACCCAGAAAUCCUUGUGGUGGACGCCACCAGCCUUGAGGUCCUGUACUCACUGGUGUCCAAGAUCUCUCCUGACUGGAUCAGCUCCAUGAGCAUCAUCCGAUCCCACCGAACCCAAGAGGACACAGUGGUGGCAGUGUCAGUGACGGGGAUUUUGAAAGUCUGGAUCAUCACAGCUGAGGUCAGCAGGAUGCAGGACCUGGACCCUGUGUUUGAGGAAGAGUCCAAACCCAUCUACUGUCAGGGCUGUCAGAGUAUUUCCUUCUGUACCUUCACUCAGAGCAGCCUGCUGGUUGUCUGCUCCAAGUACUGGAGGGUGUUUGAUGCAGGUGACUACUCGCUGCUCUGCUCAGUGCCCAGUGACAGCGACCAGGCCUGGACCGGAGGAGAGUUCAUCGCCGCAGACAAAGUCAUCAUCUGGACCGAAGACGGCCGCAGUUACAUCUACAAGCUGCCCGCCAGCUGUCUGCCAGCUAGCGAACAUUUUCGCAGUGAUGUUGGGAAAACCAAAGAAGGCUCAAUCCCUCCGCUGAUCUACAGCAUUGCAGAACACUCAGACAAACAGCUCCUGAUCUGUCCUCCUGUGACUCGGUUCUUCUUUGGCCGACGGGAGCCCUUCCAUAAGCUGCUGAUCCAGGGUGACUCAGCGGGCAGACUGUCUCUGUGGAGCAUCCCAGACUCCUCGCCUCUGCAGCCGGCGUUGACCACCGCAGAGCUGCAGGUGUCGUCCACCAUCAGUCUCCAGGAGGCGUUUGAUAAGUUGACCCCCGUGUCUGCAGGGAUCAUCGACCAGCUCAGUGUCCUGCCUGGAAAAGAAGAACCCAUUAAGGUGACAGCCAGCGUGUACAUCCCCUCUCAGGGUCGUCUGGUGUGUGGUAGAGAAGACGGCAGCAUCAUCCUGGUUCCUGCCACUCAGACCGCCAUCGUCCAGCUGCUGCAGGGGGAGCACAUGCUCAGGAGAGGCUGGCCUCCCCAUCGUACCUUGCGAGGUCACCGGAACAAGGUGACGUGCGUCCUGUAUCCGUACCAGAUCUCUCCCCGCUACGACCAGCGCUCGCUGGUGUCCGGAGGAGUGGACUUCUCUGUCAUCGUCUGGGACAUUUUCACCGGAGAGAUGAAGCACAUUUUCUGUGUCCACGGAGGAGAGAUCACGCAGCUCAUCGUCCCGCCUGAAAACUGCAGCACUCGGGUUCAGCACUGCGUCUGCUCGGUGGCCAGCGACCACUCCGUCGGCCUGCUCAGUCUCAGGGAGAGGAAGUGCAUCAUGCUGGCGUCGCGACACCUUUUCCCCAUUCAGGUCAUCAAAUGGCGUCCAGCUGACGACUACCUGGUGGUGGGAUGCUCUGAUGGCUCCGUCUACGUCUGGCAGAUGGACACAGGAGCCUUGGACCGCUGUGUGAUGGGUAUAACGGCAGUAGAGAUCCUGAACGCCUGUGACGAGCUGGCUCCGGCCACUGUGGACGCUCUGAGCCACUCAGCUGUGAACCUGAAGCAGGCGAUGACUCGCCGCAGCCUGGCAGCACUAAAGAACAUGGCCCAGCACAAACUGCAGACACUCGCCACCAACCUGCUGGCUGCAGACAACGCUGACAAGGGCAACUUGCCAAAAUACUCCCAUAAUGCCCUGGUGGUCCAGGCGAUGAAGACCAACCUGACCGACCCUGACAUGCACGUGUUGUUCUUCGACGUGGAGGCGGUGAUCAUCCAGCUGCUGACAGAGGAAGCCCAGAGACCCAACCCCACGCUGGUGUCUCCAGAGACGCUGCAGAAGAGCCAGGCCGGGGCUGACAAGGGGGGGUCCUUCCUGGCAAACAAGAUCUUUAAACAGGUGAAGGAGACAAUGAAGGAGACCAUCAAGGAGCACCUGUUGGACGAAGAUGAGGAGGAGGAGGAGGAGAUGAGGAGGCGAGAGGAGAAGUCCAAGUCUCUGAGUCUGCUGGAGUACAACCUGACCAUGGACACAGCCAAACUCUUCAUGUCCUGCCUGCACGCCUGGGGUCUCAACGAACAGCUGGACGGCAUCUGUCUGGAGCGGCUAGGCAUGCUCAGACCGCACUGCCCCAUCUCCUUCGGCCUGAUCUCCAGGGGAGGACACAUGUCCCUCAUGCUGCCCACCUUCAAGGAGUCCUUGCUGCAACAGUUGUCCCUUGCGACGGGUCUGAAGCUGACCCUGUCGGACAUCGUGGGGAAGGGGACAUACGGGGUAUCGAGGGCUGUCACCACACAGCACCUCCUGUCUGUGAUUUCACUGGCCAACACUCUGAUGGGCAUGACCAACGCCACCUUCGUUGGAGAGCACAUGAAGAAAGCACCAGCCAGGCCUCCCAGACCAGGAGGAACCCCGGAGACUCCUCGCAGGAUGCUGGCCGCCCCCCCUCAACCCUCCAACCCGGCGCUACAGGCCCAGAUCAAACAAGGAUGGAGCCAGCUGGCAGCCAUGCACUGCGUGAUGCUCCCUGACCUCCUGGGCCUGGACAAGUUCAGACCUCCUCUGCUGGAGAUGUUGGCGAGGAGAUGGCAGGACCGCUGUCUGGAGGUGCGAGAAGCAGCACAAGCUCUCUUAUUGGCUGAGUUAAGAAGGAUUGGCCAAUCAGGACGUAAGGACACCAUUGACAUGUGGGCUCCCUACCUGCCUCAGUAUGUGGAUACUGUCAGCUCCCCUGGGUCGACCACUGAGCCCUCCCCUCCAGCCCCGCCUCCUCCUGAGGCUCAGCAAAUAGAAACUAAGGCGCCUGAGGAGGAAAUGGACGUCACGGAUGAUGACAUCACAGCAGGCUGUCUGUCUAACCUUCCACCAAAUGCGAAGAAGAUCUCCAACUCAUACGAGGAGCGCCGUAAACAAGCCACCGCCAUCGUGCUGUUGGGGGUCAUCGGGGCUGAGUUUGGCGCUGAGAUUGAACCUCCAAAGGGUGCAGCACGGGCUCGAACCGGCGGACAGGCGCCUGAGGGCUUCGGACUGACGAGCGGAGGGUCUUCCAACUACUCGCUGGCCAGGCACACAUGUAAAGCACUGACCUUCCUGCUGCUGCAGCCUCCCAGCCCCAAACUGCCUCCCCACAGCACCAUCCGCCGCACCGCCAUCGAUUUGAUUGGCCGAGGCUUCACCGUCUGGGAGCCGUACAUGGACGUGUCGGCGGUGCUCAUGGGACUGCUUGAGCUCUGUGCUGACGCCGAGAAGCAGCUGGCCAAUAUAACCAUGGGAUUGCCCCUCAACCCGCCAGCAGACUCAGCUCGCUCAGCCCGCCACGCCCUCUCUCUUAUCGCUACUGCCCGCCCACCAGCCUUCAUCACCACCAUUGCAAGAGAGGUUCAUCGGUACAACGCAGCUCAGGCAAACUCUCAGUCGCAGCAGAACGUUCACACCACCACUCUGGCCAGAGCCAAGAAUGAGAUACUGCGAGUGAUCGACAUCCUGAUAGAGAAGAUGCCUGGAGACGUCGUGGAUCUGCUGGUCGAGGUGAUGGAUAUCAUCAUGUACUGUAUUGAAGGUUCUCUAGUAAAAAAGAAAGGAUUGCAGGAGUGCUUCCCUGCUAUUUGCAAGUUCUACAUGGUUGGAUACUGUGACCGUAGUCACCGCAUCGCCGUUGGAGCUCGCCAGGGUUCAGUGGCCCUUUACGAUGUCCGUACUGGAAAAUGCCAGAACAUCCACGGUCAUAAGGGUCCGAUCACAGCGGUGUCGUUUGCCCCUGAUGGCCGUUACCUGGCAACUUACUCCAGCGCUGACAGCCACAUCUCCUUUUGGCAGAUGAACACUAGUCUGCUGGGCAGCAUCGGGAUGCUGAACUCUGCCCCUCAGCUUCGCUGCAUUAAGACCUACCAGGUUCCUCCCGUGCAGCCGGCAUCCCCAGGCUCCCAGAACUACCUGAAGCUCGCCCGCCUCAUCUGGACCUCCAACCGCAACGUAAUCCUCAUGGCCCACGACGGCAAGGAGCACCGCUUCAUGGUCUAAACAAGAUCUGUGUCUCCAGCUGAGCCCCCAGUGUCCGGUAUCUGACAGACCUUGACCUGUUUUAGGGUUUUUGCUUUGAGGCAGAGGGUUAAGUUUUAGCUUCAAAUAUGUAUCUUGAGCUGCUGAGUUCAACAAUUGAUGGAGGCUGAAAUUAAGUGAGGCUGAUAGCUCAUUCAAAGGUUUGUCUUUAAAAAAAAGAAAAGACACGUGAAAAACGUGAAAAAUCUGCAGCUCGAUUGUCGAAGUAAAAACCCUGCUCAGGUCCAGGUUUGGACUGUGAUAAUUGUAAGGACCCCCACUCUGUAAUAUAUUUAAAAGUCGUGAUAGAAGGCUUGUUUACAUUAUGAUUUUUAGUUAUGAUUUAGUAUUUUUUGUUUUGUUUUUACACUUUGUUUCUAUUCCUAUUUAUUUGCUGUUUUUCCCAGAUGUCCUCUGUUGCCAUCUUGCUGCAGCCAUUUGGGUCACAACUGUUGCUGUUUAUUCAAAACUGGCUUCCCACCUUUUUUAGUUUACUUAUUAUUAAAUGUUUGUAAAUUAUUGCAGGUAUUUGUGGAGUCACUUUGCAGAAACAGUGAUUGGAACAUGGUAUAACACAUACCCUGUUUCCAACAAUGUGAACCUAGUGCUAGUUCUGGGCUGGUACUAAUGCCAGUUCAGAGUUGUUCAACUUGAGAACCUUCUAAGAACCGGUUUGCUUUUCCACGGGCUAGAGAGCCACCUUAGAGCCAUGUCCUUACUGUGAUGUUGCAUUACAUUACCAGCGCAGCUGGCUGUUGGUCAACUAAGGUUAUCCAAGAAGGCAUACUACUCAUUUUAUUGAUGAGAAAAUAGUAGCUAUGCUUGCUUGGAUAAUGUUAGCUGACCAACAACUAGCUAGCUCAAUGCUAUAUUUGUAACAUCUACGUGCUAAACAGCUAAUACAUUUAUAGAUUACUGGCCACAAGGCACCCCCAGCCCCUGUUCUAACAGCUUUUUAAAGUUAGCUUGGAAGUCAAAAAGUGAAACAACCUAAAAGUAAUUUCUUUAAUUUUAGUUGCUGGAAUGAAUUCUUUCUGGUAGACUGUUGAAAACGUUGCCCACUUGAAGGAUUUGGUACUCUCUGACCUCUGUAAGACAAGUACACACUUUUCACAUCUCAGACUGUGUGUGUGUGUGUAUGUGUAUGUGUGAGUUUGUUUGUGUAAGUGAGUACUUUGGUGUUUGCUUUUAUUUUGUGACACCUUGGACUCUUUCCCAUCCUCUCUGAGAUUCAUCCAGAAAUGUGUGUGUAUGCGUUUACACCCUGAGUGUAUUUUCACAAACACACAUUCUCACUUCAGCCAGCUUGUCCUAAAAGCACGAUCACAGUAUAGCUUCAGACACUGGAGGUGCAGCAUUACACACUGCAGAUAUUUUUUUAAAAAAAGACAAAAACUAAAGCAUCUUAUUAUUUUAGGAGAUAACGGAAACAGUGUUGUUCAACAAAAGAGGUUCCGUGGUACCAGUCCUAACUCACUCAAAGAUAUUUUGAUAAUUAUCAAAAGUUGGUAAUUUUUCUUCAAAAUGUCUUCCCAUUCUUGAUUUCACUUUGCAUUGAUUCUGAAUCAGAUUCUGUCUGAUUUGUCAGUCUAGUCAUUCUUAAACAGUUUGGUGUUCUUAGCCUGUUUUAUCACUGGAUUCAAUUCUAUGUUCACAUUUUGCUCCAAGUUCCCAUGUUUCUUUUUCUUUUUUUUUUGUUUACGGGUCAAGUCACUCACUUCCUCUGGCUUCUCUAGAGUUUCCUUCCCUUGGAUGUGAAAACUCUUUGUAUGUUUGAAGGAAAACAAGUCACUUGUUUUUUAUGGGAGGAUUGUGUGUUUUUUUGCAGACAAUAAGGCUUUAUAUGUCGCUAAUAGAUGUGAAGACUACUCUUCGUCCUGCAAAUUUUUCUCUUUCACCUGCUCAUGUGUUGGGAGGGUAUGUCUAGAUACAAAUGUGUACAUAUACAGUAUAUAUAUAUAUAUAUCAGAACUGCUGUGUAAUGUAGUGAAGUUAUUCCUGUACAGUGAGCUUUGAUCCCAUUUGGUGUAUUUGUUGUGGCUAAUGUGACUGUCUGCCUGGCACUGACUAGUUCUUCAAAUGAGUGAACUUUAGAUUUUCACAUUAGAUUUUUCAGAAAAUGAGAAGCAAUUUUUUUUCUUUUGGUUUUAACAAGAAACAUAAACUGGCCCAGACUAUUUAAGAUUAACUAAAAGGUCCAAAAAUGGAAAAGUCUUCUUAUUACACAAUCCUUUUAUUGAGAGAAACAAAAGGUUAUUAUUGGACAUAUUUACAGUUUAAUAAUUGCAUCUGUUCUCUAAAAUCUGCAGUAGGUUAUUUUAAUAAAAAUAUUUUCCUGUCAUAUUUGCUGAAACUUCAACUAUAUACGCUACAGUAGUACAUAAGAGAGAUAGUCUAGGAAGAAAUCAGGUUCCUCUGGCUCGUUCAGUGCUCCUAAUGGCAUUUGCAAGAAUCAGCCAGGCCUGUCAAAAUUCUUGACCCUGGGAAUGAGACUUUCUUUCAGGCACGGUGCAUUUUCAUAAAUGCCAGUAGGAGCACUUGGAGAAGCCAGAGGAACAUAUAUAUAUACAUAUAUAUAUAUAUAUAGUGAAAGUUUCAGCAAAUAUGACAAAAAAAUUACUUACUAAAUUUUGGUAACAUUCCUCGAAGGCAUGAAUCAGCUCAACAGCCAGGAACUAACCAUGUCAUCGGUUCUUAUAAGGAAUGCUAACAGCUUUAACAGCGCAAUCUGUUUAGAGACUAACAGCAGCUGAAAAGGUUUUUGUGGACCUCCAGUGGUUUAAUUUCUCACCUUGCUUCAUUGAUGUAGAAGUGUACUCCAGGGUGUGUCAGUACACCAUGACAUCACUGUCAGGUGUGUGGUUACAGAUGCAACAAAGCACACUUCUUUCCAGCAUGAGUCUUUGUAGUUGGUGACAUGUUUUUGCACAUUGGCUGUUGGUCAGGACCUUCUUGUUUUAAAAUGUUUUAGUGUUCAGAGUUUUAUGCAGAAGAUAAACAUAUAUAUAAAUAUGCAGAUACAUUUAUAGAGACAGUGUUCUGCCAGAAUCAGAAAUCAAUUAUUUAGAUGUUUUUAUUGUUGAUUGUUGACAUGUUUGAAUAAUUUGACGCACUUAAGACACUUAACUGGCUUUAAUUCUAUAUUUUCCACUUCAACUUUCUUCUGUCUGUCCCUCCUCGUCUUCUGUCUGUCCCUCCUCUCCUUCCUCCAUCUCCUGUCAGUUUCAUUAGUGUUGUCAGAAAGCUUCUAACACUGUUACACACCUGUAAACCCGAGCGUGUCAAAGCUUUUCACAAGUUCUUCCUCUCCUUUAAAAAAAAUAU